UAUGACAGAUGCAGUGGAGCUUUCAUCUUGUAAACUGUGAAGUCAUGGAGCUUCUUGAAGCCGGAUGACGCCCCCAUUACCACAAAUUGGCCAAUAGGAGUUGAGAGGCAGAGUUGUCCUCCUGGCCGCCAUUAAAGAAUUCAAUCCAUGAACUGAAAUAAUGGAAAUCUGCAGGAGCUAUGGAUCACUGAGAGAAGCGUAAACGAUGAGUACCCCUGCAAAUCUAGAACAUCCGCCGUUUUACGAGUUGUUUUACUAUGUCUGAGUGCUGUGAUGAUUUUAGUAGGAAGGAGGGCGGUGUAGCUAAUUGUUUUAUUUAGCUAGCAGCUAGCGCUGGAGCUCUGGUAUGUUAGCUUCUGUGCUAACUGGCUAGAGCUCAGGGGGAGGGGAGAGUUCCUCUGCUUUGAAAUUGUUUCAGACCAGCUAGCCUGCAAUAGCAUUAGCAUUAGAGGGGCACACGAUUUGGGGGUAAAGUUUUUACUUUUGGGGGUCAUAUUUUAUCGUGAUUACCGUUUCUUAUUAUUGUAAUUAAUUACUAGAUUGUUCUGAACCAGUAAUAAUUUGAUUUCUGAUUUGACGUUAUGUAGUAGUAGCGGUAGGCUUGUGGCUAUCCAGAUCAGACAAUACAUUUCAAACAGGAUUGAUGAACAGCUAGAAGCUCAUAGUUGACGCUAUCAGAGCCUGUUAGCUUAGCCACAAGGCUAGCAUAGGCUAGCGCCGGCUAGAAGUUGUCUAUAUAAACAGCGCUAGCUUUAGCACCGAAGUUGGCCAGCGCUUCAACUGGAAACUCGCACUAAACAGUGCUUUAACUCAAAAUAACGGGACCAGUCAUUGCCCUCGAUGGUGAUUGAAACGAUGGACUUAAAGAAUCCAGCAACGCAGUAAAAGGAUGACAUCGUGUUUUGUACCAAACGGGGCCAGUUUGGAGGACUGCCACUCCAACCUCUUCUGCCUGGCUGAUUUGACCGGAAUAAAAUGGAGACGCUUUGUGUGGCAAGGACCCACAUCUUCACCCAUCCUAUUCCCUGUGACUGAAGAGGAUCCCAUCCUGUGCAGCUUCAGCCGCUGCCUGGCUGCAGAUGUCCUGAGUGUGUGGAGAAGACAUCACACUCCUGGCCGCAGAGAGCUCUGGCUGUUCUGGUGGGGGGAUGACCCCAGUUUUGCUGAACUUAUUCACAAUGAGCUCUCAAGUGAAGAGGAUGGCGAGUGGGAGAGUGGCCUGUCCUAUGAGUGUCGUACACUCCUGUUUAAAGCCAUCCACAACCUGUUGGAGCGCUGUCUCAUGAAUCGGGGUUUUGUGCGCAUAGGCAAGUGGUUUGUGAAGCCAUACCAGAAAGAUGAGAAGACACUUAAUAAAAGUGAGCACCUGUCCUGCGCAUUCACCUUCUUCGUGCACGGUGACAGCAAUGUAUGCACGAGUGUGGAGAUAGCUCAACAUCAGCCCCUUCAGCAGCUGAGUGAGGACCACCUCAGCCUUGCACAGCAAAGCUCCAGUCCAAUGCAAGUCAUCCUAAGUCCUUAUGGUUUAAAUGGGACCCUUACUGGCCAAGCAUUCAAGAUGUCAGACCAUCCCACUCAAAAGCUCAUUGAAGAGUGGAGGCAGUUUUAUCCCAUUGGUCCCAGUCCCAAGGAUCUUCAGGAGGAGAAGAUGGAAGACACAGACUGGGAGGAUGACUCUCUGGCUGCUGUUGAAGUCCUGGUUGCUGGAGUGCGGAUGGUCUAUCCUGCGUGUCUGGUGCUCCUGCCCCUCUCGGACCUUCCUGUGAUGGUUCCCCAGGCCUCGUCAAACUCCUCACCCAUGUGUGGUGGUCAGGCUGUGCAUAGAGACCCCUCCAUGUCUUCGGUUACUCUAACACCCCCAACUUCACCAGAGGAGGCACAUACUAAUCAUCCACCAGCACAGAGGUGGCUGAAACUCUCUUCUUCAUCUGAUUGCUAUAACUCUAACCAUAGCCUUCAUGGAGGUAAAAUACCACGGAGACUUGCCAGCCAGAUGGUAGAGUCUGUAUGGCAGGAGUACAAUAUAACUCGCCCAGGGAGCAAGAGGAAGUUUCCAACACUGAUCAAUGGAACUUGUGAGGAAGAAUCUGAUAAAACUGCAGUCUGGGAUUUUGUUGAACCCACACGGAAACCACACUGCAAUUGCUCAAGACAUAAAGGUCAAAAACAGCGGUCUAGCAGCACCUCAGGACACCCACCUUCAUCCAUUCAACCCAACCAGUCUGCCCCAAAACAUAAACUGGGUGAGAAGUUGGAGAAAGGAGAGAAGCAGCAGAAGCGUCCACAAACCCCUUUCCAUCACCGUAACUCUGUGUGUGACGAACAGUCCAUGGAGCCGCAGGCGCAGAGGUUGUGUCUGAGAUCACAGGUGGAGGGUACUUACCCAAGCCUACACCAUGUGGACAAUGUGCCCCCCAAAGCCCCUACGCUGCAUGCACACGGCCCUCCUGGAGACUUGGUAGGGUCUCCACCUCCCCCUCCUCUCAGCCCACAUCCAUGCGAUCCUGUAGAAGGUGACAUGACUCCUGGUGAUAUGAAAAACUCAACACCCAUUCAUCAGCCCUUUUACCCGCCAUCCGUGGAGCCUUGUUUGGUGCCCCAGAAGUGUUCUUCAGAUGAGCCUUCUUUGCAAAACAUGUCAAUGCCUUUCUCCUUUCCCGCCCCCUACAAUGAAACACUAGAACCCACUGUGUUUGUUGGCUCUGCCAUAAAUCCAAACGAAGAUUCCUCCCACAAUCCUUGGAAGUAUUUCAACUUUCCCCGGAAGAAGGGUACCAACAUUCCAACCCCUCAGCUACCUUUGGACAAACUGCGUGACGAUGGUAGUGGAGGAACAGAAAGUGUAGUUUCAGUUACAGAGUUGAUGUCAACGUCCACACAUCGCCUGAAGGUUUCCCAGGAGCUGGUGAAGACUUACGCUCAGCGACGAAACAGCCAUCUUGCCUCUGUUACUGGAGACGAGGAGCAAGGUGAUGAACCAGACCCAUACGCGUUUGAAGAUGGAGAAGACGAGUUUGUCUUCAAUGAGAAAAAAGACAAAUCUGGACCUGAGAGAGAAGGCGGGAAGAAACAUAAGAAUGAUGAAGGAAACGGAGCAACUGAUGAGGGUCAGUGUGCAUCAGGCAGUAAACCCUCUGUCACUACCAGCCUCAUCCAUGAGAAUGACCUAGCUGUGUCCUACAGUGACCUGGACAAAAUCUUCAACUCAGAUGAUGAGUUAACACCUGGCUCAAAACGUGCUGGCAUCAUUGCAGAUGAGAAGUUUGGCUGUAAAGACACUAAAACACCUGCCUCUGACCCCCUGUCAUCCAUAAGCUCAGUUGAUCUGCACCAGAUGUUCCCUACACCGCCCUCCCUAGAGCAGCAAGGGUACUCUCCCAUGAACUCGGGAAGCAAAGACAGUCUGGAAGCUGGGGCUGGUCUGACACUGUUGGAUGGAAGUCAACUGAACAACCAUUUCAAGAUGGAGGUAGAGGAGGGUUUCUGUAGUCCGAAGCCAUCUGAAAUUAAGGACUUUUCUUUUGUCUACAAAUCAGAAACAUGUCAGUCAUUCAUUGGCUGUUCCAUGUAUGCUCCACUAAAGACGUUACCUAGCCAGUGUCUGUUACCUAUCAAACUGCCAGAAGACUGUGUGUACACGCCCAGUUGGACCAUGGGGAAAAUGGAACUGAUGCCAUCAAGUGUCACAGCCCCUAAAGACAGUGUGGAGCCCGACUACAUCCAAACCUACACACCUCAAACUCAAACACCCUUUGUGUCUACCAGUGCCCCUCCUAGCAACAGUAACCCGGGCAUCCUUCCCUCCCCGGCCACACCCCGUUUCUCUGUACCCACCCCACGUACACCCAGGACCCCACGCACUCCUCGUGGUGGUCCAGCGAGUGUCCAGGGAUCACUGAAGUACGACAACUCAGACCUAUACUCGCCCGCCUCCACCCCAUCCACCUGUCGCCCACUGAGCUCUGUGGAGCCUGCCACUGUACCUUCUAUCCCUGAAGCGCACAGUCUGUAUGUAACACUUAUCCUGUCGGAGUCCGUCAUGAAUCUCUUCAAAGACUGCAACUUUGACAGCUGCUGCGUAUGUGUCUGUAACAUGAACAUUCGAGGUGCAGAUGUGGGUGUGUACCUCAAAGAUAAUGGGGAAGCUCAGUAUCCCUGUACAUGUGGCUUUAGUGCCGUCUCCAAUCGGCGCUUUGGCCAAUCGGCUGGCCUGUUCCUGGAGGAUGAAUUGGAUGUGGUGGGCCGAGGUUCAGAUGCUGGUCGGGACACAGAGAGGCGUUUUGAGGAGCUUCGGGGGUCCUCCAUACACAAGGCCAACAGUCUGAAGGAGAAGCCCCCAGAUGAGUUAAUUCUGCUGCUGCAGGACCAAUGCACCAACCCUUUUGCUCCUUUGGCUGGGGUCAAUUACUCUAGACCAAGCUCCACCACAGCAUCUUUUCUGAGGGUGGAGGAAAGAGACUGCUAUAAUGACUGCUACAUGGCUCUGGAACAUGGUAGGCAGUUUAUGGACAAUAUGUCGGGCGGCAAAGUAGAUGAAACUCUAGUAAAAAGUACCUGUCUUCAUCAAUGGCAAAAGUGCAAAUCAGCAACGAUGAACCAGCUUUUCUCUCAGGAUGUCCUGCGGGUGUUGUUGUCUCUGCAGCCUGUACUUCAGGAUGCGAUCCAGAAGAAAAGAAGUGUACGCUCAUGGGGUGUGCAGGGCCCACUCACCUGGCAACAGUUCCACAAAAUGGCUGGAAGAGGCUCGUACGGUACUGAUGAGUCCCCUGAGCCUUUGCCCAUUCCCACCUUUUUGGUCGGUUAUGAGUAUGACUUUGUGGUACUGUCUCCUUUUGGAUUACCCUAUUGGGAAAAGCUUAUGCUUGAUCCCUUUGGCUCCCAAAGAGAUGUAGGAUAUGUCGUCAUCUGCCCUGAAAAUGAGGCUCUGCUUAGGGGUGCAAAGACCUUUUUUAAAGAUCUAAGUGCGAUAUAUGAGGCAUGUCAACUUGGGCAACACAGGCCCAUCUGUAAGAGUCACCCAGAGGGUAUUUUGAAAGUCGGUCCCACAGAAGACAGAAGCAUGACGGAGCAGGCUCUCAGCGACUGGUUUCUCAAGAUGGGUGCUAGAGAUGGGAACAAUGAAGCUUUCAAUAGGCUCAAGCUUUUUGCACAAGUGUGCCGCUAUGAUUUAGCACCUUACUUGUCACAACAGUCUCUGGAUGGCUCUCUGUUGUCCCAGCGCAGUCCUUCAGUGGCUCCUCCCCCUCCUCAGAGUAACUCUUCCAGCACCACCUCAGGAUCCCAGGGAACCAACACAAGCACUUCCAGCAGCAGCUCUGCCCAGCCCAAUCCAGUCAACAGUACCACCCCACCCUCUGCUAGCUCACAGACAAUUGGAUCAAUGGCAUCUGCCAAACCAAGCUCCUACUCUCCUUUUGGAGCUAGCCUGCAGGGUGGCAUAUCACAGAAUGGACCACAGUCCAAUCAGCAAAACUCUGGGACAGACAAUGGGUCAUCUACUAACCAGACUCCAGGGAUUACUGAGGCUCCAGAGAGCACAAUGGACCGAGAUAAAGUGGGAAAGCCCACAGAUGGGGACUCCCAUGCUGUAUCUUACCCACCUGCCAUCGUGGUGUAUAUAGUAGACCCCUUCAGCUACGAGGAUUCAGACCGAGAGCUCCACUCCAGCACAUACACUCUGGGGCUGUUAUGCUGCUACAUGGAGAUGCUGCAGUUACUGCCUCCUCAUAUUAGAAAUGCAGUCUCAGUUCAGAUUGUCCCAUGUCAGUAUAUGCUUCAGCCUGUGCGUAGUGGGGAGCGUCAUCUCUACAGCCAGCACCUCAAAUCUUUAGCUUUCUCAGUGUUCACACAGUGUCGCAGACCUCUGCCCACCUCUACAAACUUCAAGACCCUCACAGGCUUUGGUCCUGGGCUUGCCAUUGACAUGGCUCUAAAGAACCCAGAGAGACCAGAGUGUCAACGCUUGUACACGCCACCCUUUAUUCUGGCUCCAAUAAAAGACAAGCAGACCGAACUGGGGGAAACGUUUGGAGAGGCCUCUCAGAAAUACAAUGUCCUGUUUGUUGGUUACUGUUUGUCCCACGACCAGCGCUGGCUGCUGGCCUCCUGCACUGACCAACAUGGAGAACUGCUGGAGACCUGUGUCAUUAGUAUUGAUGUCCCCAACAGGGCUCGUCGGAAAAAAGGCUCCGCCCGGCGACUGGGCUUGCAGAAGCUCUGGGACUGGUGUCUGGGUCUUGUGCAGGUGACGUCAUUGCCUUGGAGGGUUGUGAUUGGACGGCUUGGCAGAAUGGGUCACGGAGAACUGAGAGACUGGAGUAUUCUGCUUAGUAGACGAAAUCUCCAGUCCCUCAGUAAACGUCUGAAAGAAACAUGUCGAAUGUGUGGCAUCUCUGCCUCAGACACUCCCAGCAUCCUUAGUGCCUGUUUGGUUGCCAUGGAGCCACAGGGUUCCUUUGUAAUUAUGCCAGAUUCAGUUUCAACAGGUUCUGUAUUUGGCCGCAGCACCACUCUCACCAUGCAGACAUCACAGUUGAGCACUCCUCAGGACACUUCCUGCACACACAUCCUGGUGUUCCCAACCUCAGCCAUGGUGCAAGUCAACACUAACACCACUGAGCCCAUCGACAUCAACUUUAACCCCAUAAAUGAUGGAUCAGACGGGAUGGGUUUUUUUGACCUGUUUGAUAAUGACAUGGUGGAUCCAGAUCUCAUCAACAUCCUUCCAAACUCUCCCACCACCUCUCCUGUCCACUCACCGGGAUCGCAUUACCAUCAGGGGGGUGACGGCAGCAAGGGUCAAAGUGCAGACCGAAUGGAGUCUCAUGAAGAGGCUCUGAACAUCCUGCAGCAGCCCAUGGCUCUGGGUUACUUCGUUUCUACAGCCAAAGCUGGACCUCUACCAGACUGGUUCUGGGCUGCCUGUCCUGAAGCCAAGGACCAGUGUCCACUGUUUCUCAAGGCUUCUUUGCACCUGCAUGUGUCAUCUGUCCAGUCAGAUGAGCUGCUGCACAGUAAACACUCCCAUCCUCUGGACUCAAAUCAUACCUCGGAUGUGCUCAGAUUUGUUCUGGAGCAUUACAACGCCCUCUCGUGGCUGACAUGUGACCCUGCCACUCAAGACCGCCGCUCCUGUCUGCCUGUUCACUUUGUGGUGCUCACACAAAUGUAUAACUUUAUCAUGAACAUGCUCUGAAGCAGCAUCAAGCGGGGGAGGUCUGAUUGGACGUGCUCUCAGUGGAAACUAAUGAUGCUGAAACACUCUCCAUCCUCAAGGAGAACUCGCCAAUCAGAUGCCAAGGAUCCAUUUUAACUAUUUGGAUGAUCAAGGGACGUUUCAUAAAGGAGAAUAAAUUUUUAUCGACUGUAGAUUGCAAUCUAUGAAAUUUUAUCUUAUGAAAUGCCUGCAUAUAUUAUUUAUUCUAAGUUUUUAAAUGUGGAAUUUUUAAUGCUUAAUAUCUUUUUAUAUAUAAAUAUAUAUUACAAAUCCUAGAGGGUGUGUACAUCUCACUGUAAAGGAAUUGGUUUGAAAAGUGUAAUUUCUCAGUAACAUCAUGGAAAAACUUUGUUGCAAGUGAACUUGCUGUAGAUUGCUUUUAGAAUCUUAUUUUUUUCAAAGGGGUGCUGACCUUUUUAUUGCCAUGCUGUAAAAAAAAAUGAAGUACGGUGGUUUGGACAUUGAAGUCCCACCCAGCAAGUGGAUGAGACUUACCUCUGUCUGCUUCAGCUCCAGAGUCUCCUGCACAGUUACUUGAUGAGCUCUGAAGAAUAAUUAAAAGGUACAUUGUCAGAUGAUAUAUUUUAUAUAACAGAUUUAGGUAAUUGUGUGUGUGUAUAUGUGUACAUAUAAUUGUGUGCCGCUACUGAUGGUGCAGCUUCUGUUUUAGGAAUAAAGUGCGUCUACCUUA